CCGUGCUUUAAGCCUGCGUGACGCGCCGCCGUCGCCCCGGCCCUCCGUCGACGUCCCGAGACCCGGUUGUGUUCCGCCGCCGUCAGGAGAUAUUGGACCCUCUGAAUACUGUCCCUUCAUCUCUGAAUAAAAAUCUGUAUUCUAGUCUGAGCUGUGGGAAGAAAGGAUUGUUGGUCUGUGGUUUUCCUGCUUGAAGGACACAAUGUUUUCCAAACUAGCACAUUUGCAGAAGGUUGUGGUGCUUGGUCGUGGAAUUCAUUCUUCAGUGGCUUCUGCUACAUCUGUUGCAACUAAAAAAACAGUCCAAGGCCCUCCAACCUCUGAAUAUAUAUUUGAAAGGGAAUCUAAAUAUGGUGCACACAAUUACCAUCCUUUACCUGUAGCCCUGGAGAGAGGAAAAGGUGUUUACCUGUGGGAUGUAGAAGGCAGAAAAUAUUUUGACUUCCUGAGUUCUUACAGUGCUGUCAACCAAGGGCAUUGUCACCCCAAGAUUGUGAAUGCCCUAAAGAGUCAAGUGGACAAACUGACUUUAACGUCCAGGGCUUUCUAUAACAACGUGCUUGGUGAAUACGAGGAGUACAUCACUAAACUUUUCAACUACCACAAAGUUCUCCCUAUGAAUACAGGAGUAGAGGCUGGAGAGACUGCCUGCAAACUGGCUCGUAAAUGGGGCUAUUCUGUGAAGGGAAUUCCGAAAUACAAAGCAAAGAUUGUUUUUGCAGCUGGAAACUUUUGGGGUAGGACUUUGUCUGCUAUCUCCAGUUCCACGGACCCAACCAGUUAUGAUGGUUUUGGACCAUUUAUGCCAGGAUUUGAAAUCAUUCCAUAUAAUGAUCUGUCUGCACUGGAGCGUGCUCUUCAGGACCCAAAUGUUGCCGCGUUUAUGGUUGAGCCAAUUCAGGGUGAAGCGGGAGUUGUUGUUCCGGACCCAGGUUACCUAGCGGGAGUGCGAGAGCUCUGCACCAGGCACCAGGUUCUGUUUAUUGCUGACGAAAUACAAACAGGAUUGGCCAGAACUGGUAGAUGGCUGGCAGUGGAUCAUGAAAACGUCAGACCUGAUAUAGUCCUUCUUGGAAAGGCCCUUUCUGGGGGCUUAUACCCUGUGUCUGCGGUGUUGUGUGACGAUGAGAUAAUGCUGACCAUCAAGCCGGGGGAGCAUGGGUCCACGUACGGCGGCAAUCCCCUUGGCAGCCGGGUGGCCAUUGCAGCCCUUGAGGUUUUGGAAGAAGAAAACCUUGCUGAAAAUGCAGACAAAAUGGGUUCUAUCUUGAGAAAUGAACUCAUGAAGCUACCUGCUGAUAUUGUAACUGCUGUAAGAGGAAAAGGAUUAUUAAAUGCUAUUGUUAUUAAAGAAACGAAAGAUUGUGAUGCUUGGAAGGUGUGUCUGCGACUUCGAGAUAAUGGACUUCUGGCCAAGCCAACCCAUGGCGACAUCAUCAGGUUUGCACCUCCGCUGGUGAUCAAGGAGGAUGAGAUUCGAGAGUCCGUUGAAAUCAUUAACAAGACCAUCUUGUCUUUCUGAGGGCCCUGGGAGCCUGCUAGAAACAUGUUAUGUGAAAGUUCUGCUCUUAUUGCAGGCACAUUCCACUCCUACAUGUCUUCAAAGACUUUUUUUUUGAAAUAUAUAUAUUUUUCAGUUGCUACAUGAUAGCAUGACAUUUAUGAGCCUGCCGUUUGCUGUGCAGCAUACCUGAGAGAAUAUAAUGGCAUCUGUAUUCAGUGCAGUGUUUUAUGUGUGUGUGAUCUAUCUAUAUAUAGACAGCCAUUAAAUCAAGUCCUUUGGUAUAAUUUAUAUAUGUUUUUAUAAUUUCCUUGCUGGUAUAUAUAUUUCAUAUUUGAAAGAGUUAUCUCUGGGGUAUUACAUAAAAGACUUGCUUAACCUUGUAAAGUUGAAUCAUUGUAUGGUUAAUGGGUACAACAAUAUAGUUAGAUAGAAUGAAAAAUAUUUGAUAGCACAAAGUGACUAUAAUCAACAAUAAGUCAGGGUGUACUGUAAAGUAACUAAACCAGUGGAACUGGAAUGUUCCUAACACAAAGAAAUGUUAAAUGCCUGAGGGGAUGGAUACUGCAAUUACCCUGAUUUGAUUAAUUUAUAUGGUAUGCCUGUAUCAUGACAUAUGUACUUUGUAAAGAUAUACAACUAUUCUGUACCCAUAAUAAUUAAAAAUAAAAAAUUUCUAAAAAAGUUGAAUCAUUGGAAUAAUUAAAUUUUAGGAAGGAUUAAUGGUUAAACAUAGAUGAAAUGCUAGUUUUAAGUAAACUUCAUAUUGGCCAACAUCAGGGUAUAUUCUUAUGGAUGUCAUUAUUUGGAAAUAAGAAUUAAUGUUUAACAUUGGUAAAUUAUAUUUUAAGUGCUUGAUUAUAAUUUGUAAAAAAAAGUUUAUUUUCAAUGUUUCUUUAAAUUUAAAAUAAAGCUCAUAUUUCUAAU